GAGUCCCUCAGGUGUGCGGGGGAGGCCUUCAGGUACCCCAGGUACCGGGAAGAGACUCGCAGGUGUGGGGGAGAGAUCCUCAGGUGUGGGGGAGAGACUCGCAGGUGUGGGGGAGAGAUCCUCAGGUGUAGGGGAGGGGUCUUCAGGUGCCAGGGAGGGACUCCCAGGUGUGGGGGAGAGAGGGGGAGAGGAGGGAGAUGAGUGUGCAGCGGGAUCCAGGUGUGUGAUGGGAUCCGAGUGUGCAACGGGAUCCAGGUGUGGAACGGGGUGUGGACAUGGGAAUGUAACGGGAUCCAGGUGUGCAAUGGGAUCCAGGUGUGCAACGGGAUCUCAAUGUGUAACGGGAUCUGGGCAUGGGAAUGUGGUUGGAUCUCAGUGUGUAAUGGGAUCUCAGUGUGCAAUGGGAUCUGAAUGUGGAACGGGAUCCAAAUGUGGAACGGGAUCUGGGCAUGGGAAUGUGAUGGGAUCCCCAGUGUGUAAUGGGAUCCAGGUGUGUAAUGGGAUCUGGACAUGGGAAUGUAAUGGGAUCUCGGGUGUGCAAUGGGAUCCCAGUGUGUAACAGGAUCUGGGCAUGGGAAUGUAACGGGAUCCGAGUGUGCAACGAGAUCCCAGUGUGGAACAGGAUCCAGAUGUGUAACGGGAUCGGGACAUGGGAAUGUGAUGGGAUCCCAGUGUGUAAUGGGAUCUCAGCACGUAAUGGGAUCCCAGUGUGCAAUGGGAUCCAGGUGUGCAAUGGGGUGUGGGCAUGGAAUGUAACGGGAUCCAGGCGUGCAACGAGAUCCCAGUGUGGAACAGGAUCCAGAUGUGUAACAGGAUCUGGACAUGGAAAUGUAAUGGGAUCCCAGUUUUGCAAUGGAUCUGAGUGUGCAAUGGGAUCUGAAUGUGAAACGGGAUCCAAAUGUGUAACGGGAUCUGGGCAUGGGAAUGUGAUGGGAUCCCAGUGUGCAACGGGAUCCAGGUGUGUAAUGGGAUCUGGACAUGGGAAUGUAAUGGGAUCCGAGUGUGCAAUGGGAUCCCAGUGUGUAACAGGAUCUGGGCAUGGGAAUGUAACGGGAUCCGAGUGUGCAACGAGAUCCCAGUGUGGAACAGGAUCCAAAUGUGUAACGGGAUCUGGACAUGGGAAUGUGAUUGGAUCUCAGCGUGUAAUGGGAUCUCAGCAUGUAAUGGGAUCCCAGUGUGCAAUGGGAUCCAGGUGUGCAAUGGGGUGUGGACAUGGGAAUGUAACGGGAUCGAGGUGUGCAACGGUAUCCCAGUGUGGAACAGGAUCCAGAUGUGUAACGGGAUCUGGGCAUGGGAAUGUAACGGGAUCCAGAUGUUCAAUGGGAUCCCAGUGUGCAACGGGAUCCAGGUGUGCAAUGGGAUCUCAAUGUGUAACGGGAUCUGGGCAUGGGAAUGUGAUUGGAUCUCAACGUGUUAUGGGAUCUCAGCACAUAAUGGGAUCUCAGUUGGUAAUGGGAUCCAGAUGUGUAACAGGAUCUGGGCAUGGGAAUGUAACGGGAUCUGAGUGUGCAACGAGAUCCCAGUGUGGAACAGGAUCCAAAUGUGUAACGGGAUCUGGACAUGGGAAUGUGAUGGGAUCCCAGUGUGCAACGGGAUCCAGGUGUGCAGUGGGAUCCCAGUGUGUAACAGGAUGUAGACAUGGGAAUGUAACAGGAUCCAAGUGUGUAAUGGAAUCCCGGUGUGCAAUGGGAUCCAGGGGUGCAAUGGGAUCUGGGCAUGGAAUGUAACGGGAUCCGAGUGUGUAAAAGGAUCUCAGUGUGCAAUGGGAUCCAGGGGUGCAGUGGGAUCUGAAUGUGCCCUGGGAUCUGGAUAUGGGAAUGUGAUUGGAUCUCAGCGUGUAAUGGGAUCUGAGUGUGUAAUGGGAUCUGAGUGUGCAAUGGGAUCCCAGUGUCCAGUGGGAUCUCAGUGUGUAACGGGAUCUGGGCAUAGGAAUGUCUCAGGAUCCCAGUGUGCAAUGGAAUCCCAGUGUACAACGGGAUCUGAAUGUGCCUUGGGAUCUGGAUAUGGGAAUGUGCUGAGAUCUGAGUGUGCAAUGGGAUCCGAGUGUGCAAGGGGAUCCGAGUGUGCAAUGAGAUCUCAGUGUGCAAUGAGAUCUGGACAUGGGAAUGUAACAGGAUCCAAGUGUGCAAUGGGAUCCACGCAUGUAACAGGAUCCCCGUGUGCAAGGGGAUCCAGGUGUGCAAGGGGAUCCAGGUGUGCAACGGGAUGUGGACAUGGGAAUGUAACGGGAUCCCAGUGUGCAACAGGAUCCGAGUGUGCAACGGGAUCUCAGUGUGCAGUGGGAUCUGGACAUGGGAAUGUAACGGGAUCCAGGUGUGCAAUGGGAUCCGAGUGUAGACAUGGCAAUGUAACAGGAUCCGAAUGUGCAACAGGAUCCCAGUGUGCAACGGGAUCUGGACACGGGAAUGUGAUGGGAUCCCAGUGUCCAAUGGGAACUGAGUGUGCAAUGGGAUCCUGGUGUGCAACAGGAUCCAGCUGUGGGACUGUGAUGGGAUCUGGAUGUGCAAUGGGAUCCAGCUGUGGGACUGUGACGGGAUCGGGGCGUGCAAUGGGAUCCAGAUGUGCAAUGGGAUCCAGAUGUGGGACUGUGACGGGAUCCGGGUGCUCAAUGGGAUCCAGCUGUGGGGACUGUGCCGGGAUCCGGGCAGCGCGCGGUGUCCGGGGCGCGCGCAGGGAGCUGAGUGUGCCCCGGGACGUGGACAGCGGGCGCCGGGACGCGGACGUGGGAAUCCGGUGGGACAUGAGCGUGCAGCGGGAGCUGAGCGUGCAAGCAGGAGAUGGACUUGGGCGCCCGGCGGGAGCUAGAGCGCGGAUCUGGGGAUCCGGCGCGACCUGAGCGCGGAUUUGG